AUGGCACAAAUUUCCACCAACCAAGAGCAGAUCCGCGCCGCCAAGCGGCAGGAGGUGAGCAAGCACCGCUGGGACACCCCAGCACGAGAGGACUGGGGCGAGCAGCAGCAGCAGGCGAUGCAGUCCCGCCUGCAGCAGCAAGCAGCAGCGGACUCGCUGGCGAAGCGCCGGCUCCAAUGGCAAGGAGCCGAAGACCAGCUCCACCCCUGGCAGCGCGACCAGGAAGAACGCGCUCGCCUGCAGUGGAUCGAACAGCAAGCGAUCCGCAUGCACCAGCAGCAACAGCAGCAGCGAGACGAGGCCGCUCGCCAAGAGCGCCUCCACCACCAACGCGAAGCCGCGCACGCCCUCUGCCGCGCUUCCUUCCAUCUCUUCCAAGCCGGGCACGAGGAACAGGCGAACAUGGCCUGGAGCCUGGGACAGAUGCAGGUGGGAGACGCGGAGAUGCGUCGGAUGAUGGCCAUGGGCGGAAACCCAAGGCAGUGA